CGGUAACUCAAGCAUAAUCCUUAACUGAAGGUAUAUAGACCAUGCCUUCAUUACCCACUGAACUCAUCGAUACGCAUGGAACUAUUGAUUACGGGCUACAACGGAUCGAUGUUAGUUUCACAACCAGCAAUCAGGAAGUCAGUAAUGUUAUAACUGUGGAUUACAGUGUCGUCAGCUCUACAAGAAGUGUGACGAUACAUUCAGCAGCGAAAGGACCUGAUUCAAUGUGGGUUAUUUGUUGGUAUCGUGUGUACCUUUACUGUCAGUGAAGCGCAACCUGCACCGCCGCUCUAUUCAGUAAUCCAAUACUCGACUAACAAACGCGUGUGUGUCGGGGAUUGUUUAUGUGUUGCCUUGGUAGCAAACAGCUUGAACGCAUCUCCGAAGUCCAGGUAAAAUAAUAAAUACAUACACGAAGGAGGUGAUCACGUGCUUCCUUUGCCAAUAUGGCAACCACGAGACAAUCUGUGACUUAGGACGCCGUGCACGCGGCCAGUGGGACAUACACCGCUCUCACAUACCUGGAUACAUGCCUAAUGGAAGCUAGAGUAUGCGGCCAUGCAUUGAAUGUUUGAUUGACAUAACUUGACAACGAUAUUAGACCUUCUGAGUGACGAUGGAGUCCCUGGUGAGGAGGUACGACUUCAUGACGGCGGACAGCUACGCCCGAGUGGAUUUCGGCAAACACAUGCAUUCGAUCACCCACGACUUCCAGGCUAUGCCCAACGAGCAAGAUGUAUUGGGUGCGCUCAUGUGUCUGAGGGCAGGGGUGUGUCGGCCAGACUUCCCCGGCCAGUUCACUGAACAGUGCCAGUUCGCGGAGGUUGUCUUGCACUCCCUGAUGAUAUGGUCACAAAAUUUUGCUAAGGCUGGAAUGACGACGUCGAUGUCCAACAUCCACGACUUCUGCCUCGACUUCGUCCACGACAUGCUGCUGCAGGGGCCGGGGACGACACACAUGGAGCUGUGGACCAGGAUGAUGAAUGUCACCGAAUUCGGAUUCAGUCGUUACUAUCAUAACCUGGCGGGGGACAAACUGAAGAAUCACAUACUGUUCUUCAUGAGAGAAUUCUGGAGCUCCGAUUAUAAUUUUGAGACAACUUUUAUAUCAGCUAUCAGAUGUCUGAUCAGCAAAAGCUGUUUCAGAGAGAAGGCUUUCAAGGAGGCCCAGGUAGAGUUCGCGGAGUUGUACAGAUACACGACCGUUACUAAUCUGAAUUGCCCUAAACAUAUACGGGACAUUCACAAGUACAUUUCAGACGCAAUAUCGUACAUAUACGACGGAGAUGUGUUUAAGGGCAUGGAUGACUCCGGGAAGGUGAAACAGUCCCUGAAGCGUUAUAAAAACGACAUCCUCCACCUCAAUCUGACCACGAAGAACUCAAAGACGGUCGUCGAGGAAAUGACGAGAGGUGUCCAGGAGGUGUUGAAUGGCAUCAACAAUGAGUUUCUGUUUCACAAGAUGUACGUAGAAAUCCUGGACUUCGUAGCUGUAAUCUGUGACAAGAAGGCAGGGGGUCCAAUCCACCCUAUUGUCAGAUCUGUAGGCGACUUUUUCGAUCACGUCAAGGAGAAGGAAGGGCGUCCCACCAUCACGGGGAACUCGGAGCUGUUCACUGUGAUGACAAAGAAGUUGAUAUCCUUUUUGAACAACCUGGAGGACCACACCCUGAUGACCGUUACGUUUGUUGAUGCUACUGUAGACAAUGUGCUCUCGAAGUCCAUGAACAAGAACCCUGACCACUGCCAGCUGAUGAUGGACCUGAUCAAGGCGUGUCUAAGGAUCCAUCAGCUAGGAACAGGCAGAGCGGUCUACAAGGCUGUCAAGGAUACGGGGAAGCUGCUCAAGUGGAAGGACCACGUGGAAGAUGCUCGUGAGAUUCUAGACCUCUUGAUGAAAGUGCGAUUAUUUGGGAGUGAAAAACACACCAAGCAGCCGGCGGCCUUUUUCAUCAACUUCGCCUAUGAACUGGCAAAUCAAAUGACGCGGGACCGAAUCCUUCCUGAAAUGACUGAAAAAAUGGUAGAAUGUACCCUGACAAUUCUUAAGAGGAGAGAAACAGCGAUGUUCCAAGUUUCUUUUAUAAUGGCCAACAUUGUUUGUUUUAAUGGAAAGAAACACAAGGACCUGAUCAUGUCAACAUUUUCCACUAUAUUGAUGUUCCUCAAGGACGCAACAUUCCCUUGGGAGAAGGCCACUUCCGGUAGCUCGAUUGUGGCCGUUUACCGACUGGCCGAAUUGGGAAUGGAUGCUUUGAACGCCAAGUCACUUACCGAAAAGGACCUGAGUGCUCUGUCCUACUUCAUGAAAAUAGUGAUGAAGGGAGACUUUGUCCUGGACGAGGAGGAAUCUAACAAACCUGACACAGUCUUCUUUGCACUGUACAGGAGCGUGGCGACAAAGUUUCUCCGAUUUUUGGACGACCAGGAGAAGAUACAGCGGGCUAUCUUGGUGGUGAGGGAGAGCGUCAAAUUGCUGACUAGUCAGCACGGAGAGAUAUCAGAAAUCGCACUGUCACAAGUAUCAGCACUGAUACUGAAGGGAGCCAGGACAAUGUCACCUUUCUUCCCCCAGAUCAUGGAUGUAUAUAUGUCCUGUGAAAGCCCACGAUUACUGCCUAUCCUAAGUGCCCUCUACCCAUACUACCCUGACCUUCAGGAAAACCAGUUCCAGACCCUCUUUGAGUUAAUAGAGACAGACAAUCGAUCGUAUGUUUUACCAUGGUUAACUAUGAUUGCCAAGAACCAACCCUCUGUGUUCACCGAGAGAAACGUAAAAGAACUGAUCAAGGAGAUGUUCGAAGGCGACGACAAUCUGUACAGUAUGUAUAUGAUGAUCAUGGAACAACUCUCCAAGAAGAUGCCCAACGCGUUCAUACCACACCUGAAAACCCUGAUGCAAGGUGACAUGAGCAUUCAGCCUUAUGCCAAGGCGAAGCUCUUCUCGAUUCUAAAGAACUUAGCCAUCGAGAGCGAAGAUCAGGUAGUGGAAGAGGAUGGAAGGGGUAAGCAGAAGGGGGUAAGCAGAAGAUGGAAGGGGUAA